AUGUCUUCCCCCCAGAACCCGCCCGCCGAGCAGCCGCCCGCUGCAGACCCCAGUCCCGACCUUGUUAUCGAGGCCGACUCGCAUAGCGAGACCGAUUCGGCCCUGGGAGACGAUGCCGAGAGUUACACCACCUCUCUGAGGUCGAGUAUCUUCAACUACACCUUCGAGAACGGCCGCCGCUACCACGCCUAUGGCGAAAAGUAUUUCCUGCCAAACGACGAGGCCGAGAUGGACCGUCUGGACCUGUUCCACCACAUCCUCACCCUGAGAUGUGGUGGCGAGCUGCACCUGGCCCCCAUCCCAAAGAAUCCCCAGAGGAUCCUCGACAUUGGCACCGGCACUGGCAUAUGGGCCAUUGAGAUGGCCGACGAGUACCCUUCGGCCGAGGUUCUGGGCACUGAUUUGUCGCCCAUCCAGCCUGCCAUGCUUCCGCCCAAUUGCAAGUUCGAGAUCGACGACUGUGAGCAGGACUGGCUCUACAGCAACAAGUUCGACUACGUCCACGCUCGCUAUCUCGCCGGAACCAUCAAAGACUGGCCCAGGCUCGUCCAGCAGGCAUACCGCUUCCUCAAGCCUGGCGGCUGGAUCGAACUCCAGGAUUUCACCAUGAAAUUUUACACCACCAGCGGCGAGUUCAAACCCGGCUGUCCUCUGGACAAGUGGUGUGAUGGCGUUAUCGAGGGUGUCAAGGCUUGGGGCAGGGAACCCGAGCCCGGCCCUAAGCUUGAGGGCUGGGUCAAGGAUGCUGGCUUCGAGAAUGUCACCCACAGGCUGUUCCCCCUGCCUGUCGGCACUUGGCCCAAGGAUAGGAAGAUGAAGGAGAUCGGCGCUCUUGAUCUGGUGCAAUUCAAGGAGGGUCUGGAGAGCAUUGCUAUGCGUGUCUUUACCGCUCAGGGCUGGAAGCCCGAAGAGGUCCAGGUCUUCCUCGCUGACGUCAGGAACGACUUGAACAACCCAAAGCUGCAGGCACAGCACAACUUCCACGUCGUUUACGCCCAGAAGCCACUCGAUGCGUAA